AAACAAAAACAAACACGUUCCUUACCUCCCGUCCCCUCUCCCACAGCACCCGCCGCCGCCGUCACUCACAACGAGCUCACCACUCGCCAUACCGCCCCUUCCGCUCUCUCCUUGUCAGCCUCGCUGUCCUUGACGCUACUCUUCACGUUCCUCCACGAGGAUCUUUAAUGAUGCUUUUCCUAUCGUUAAUCUCUCUUUUGGCUGCCGUCGUGCCCGCUCUCGCCCAGGGUGAUCUUACUGCUGCACACAACACUAGUGGCUUGGAGGGCACUUGGAGUACGGGAAGCAGGAAUGUGGUUACUGGUUCAGGUUUUGCCAACCCUAAGAACCGGACUUUCACCUACCCGAAGACCACUGGCAUGUCGUUUUCCUUUACUGAUACUGGUUUCUUCGAAGUCGCCCGAUACCGGUUUACGGGCAAUGGCACCGACCCUCAUUGCAUCACCGGCGUCAUGAACUGGAGUCAUGGCAAAUACGUGCUCGUAGAUAAUGGGUCCAUGAUUCUUCAUCCCUUCGGCGAUGGCUUUCAGCAGAUCCAAGAUCCUUGCGCGGCCGAGUCCAACUUUAUCGAGGACUACAACAACACAGAGUUAUAUGUGCAGUGGCGGGUAUUCGAAGACCUUAUCGAUGGCCCCAAAUUGCACUUAUUCCAAUUCGACGGCGCACCCCUUCCACCGCAGUUCCAAGUUUCUACAACUCCUAACAUGCUGCCAACACAGCCUCUGCGCAAUGUCACCACUGCAGCGUCACUCACUGCGCAAAACCUCAUUGCGACCAACGCCGGCGAGCGUGUAUGGAGUUCGGUUGAGAUCGUUUCGCUGGUGACUUCUCUCGCCACAGUAGGCAUUGCGACGCUUCUCCUAUAGUCGUCACCUUGGACUACACGCAUUAUCACCUUCUUGGUUUUGUCUCUGCAUGUCAUUGACCCUUGCUUCUACCACUUUUCCCAUUUCUUUUCUUUUCCGUUCUCAAAUGUUCCUUUCCUCUUUUUUUAUUUCCUUACAACCUGCAUCAUCGGCCUUUUUCGGAACCUUCAUACAUACACAACGUGGUAUGCUUAUUACUCCUUUGUGAUACCCUUGUCGACGGUCCACUCCCAGUCUUUAGAUCGGUACUACCUUACCUUAGUUCGUACAGUCGACUAGAAUCCAAAACAUGGCAAUGUAUUCUACCGUCGAGCUGCUACUGCCGCUUUUACUGAUUGGGAUGUAUUCAUCGGUUACGAACGAUGGUUGCGCCGUGUCUUGUGUUGCAGCCGAGUUGCAACUAUUGUCUCGACAUCUGAAACUUGCAACGGCUGGCGCUUAUCAAUGUCUAUGCUUCAAAGUGACAGUCUAAAUGCGGCAGGCGCAGUUGUUCAUGAGUUCAUCAAUUCGACACACGUCUGAACAAGGCGAAUGCUUUAGAGAUUUUCAUCGGAUGGAUGCUCAUACAUGCAUGCAUGUCUCGGCGUUGUGGCGGAUUUCUAUGCUGUACGAGAUUUCAAUUAGCUGUCGAAAGCCGUUUGGCUGUCUCCGCGAUUUUUCCGGAGCCUUGUCGUGAAGCCUACAGCGCAGAGCGAUAAUUCUCCUGGCAUACCAUUCGCCAGGAGCCUCCACAGCGUGGCUCUAGAGCGAAUCUCAUUUCAUGAUAUAUACUCAGGUGAUUGGCGGUGGACAUGAUGCGUAGGGUGUACCUGAGAGCAACAAGGCGGCGAGGACGCGAGAAACAGGAGGUCGAAGGAGAAGUAGCGGCCAGGAUGUAUUCACCAUUCAGCAUAUCUGGAUAAGAGGACGCGAAGAUACACCUCAUGUAUGAUUCGAAACUUCCGAGGAUACUCUACAUGUAUAUAU